CAUGCGCACUGAGUUUCUAGAUAUUUCUUCCUCUCCUCACGUGGGUUGUCUCAUUCAGUCCCCCCAGCGUGUAGACUACUCUUCUUACGUGAAGAAAUCAGAGUGCUGGAAAAAGGAAUCUGCUUAACGAUCAUCCGAGAUGGCCUUCCGUAAAUUUCUGCCUAUGUUUGACCGUGUGCUGGUGGAGAGGCUAGCAGCAGAGACCGUGACGAAGGGAGGCAUCAUGUUGCCCGAGAAGUCGCAAGCCAAGGUGCUGCAUGCCACAGUGGUAGCUGUGGGCCCUGGCUCCGUCAACCAGAAAGGGGACACGCAGCCUGUCUGUGUGAAGGUUGGUGAGAAAGUGCUAUUGCCAGAAUACGGAGGCACCAAGGUUAUUCUUGAUGAUAAGGAUUAUUUCCUGUUCCGGGACGCUGAUAUUCUGGGCAAAUAUGUUGACUAGAAAGUCCGUCUUCCUCCGUCUUUUACAUCCUCAUAGAAGCAGACAAGAAAUUUAGUUGGUCUUUCAUAUAUUUGUUCUUUUUCUAUGUUCAAUUGUAAAUAAUUAUGAUCAUGUUUUGUUAAUAAUAAAAAAGUGACCUAGCCGAUCCUCAA